UCCCUGAGGACUUGGGAGUGGCCACAGGCGCUCCCCUUCGGGACGUGGCCCGGCGGCGCUGAGCCCUGCGGGCUGUGGCGCCGUUCCCGCCCGCGCCGCCGCUGGCUCAGGGCUCGUUCCCGCCGCAUGAGGGGCUGAGGGAGCGGCGCCAGGAGCCCAGUCCUGCGGCUGUGGAGCCCUCGCUGCCGCCUCCUACACGGCCCCGUUCGCCUCCCCGCGGGCACAGCGGCGCCUCGCAGGGAGCAGUGUCAGGGCUCCAGCCCCGCGGUGGUGAGGGCGGCCCGGUCCCCUCGGUGCCCAUGGCCAGUGCCCAUUGCUGCCGCUCCAGCAGUGCUUAGGAGGGGGCAUAGGAAGCCUGGAGAAUACUUUGGUGGAGGCGUCUGUGAGGAAGGGGUGCUGAUGGCAGGAGCCUGAAGCCAGAUGAGAUAUAAUGGGUAUCCACGCCAAAUGGAUAGGCUGUGGGGACGCUGGUGAACAUGGUCACCCUGGUAGUGGGAAUAGUCAGACUUUAUUUUUUGAAGCUUAGGUGAUGACUCUUCAGUGCACAAUGAGCUGAACCAAGCUUAAUCCUUCCUAGUUGUUUGGUGUCCUGUUUUCCUGGGCCAGGAAACAGGGGGGCCAGGGUGCUACAGUGUGUGUUUAAUCCCUUCUUGCUGAAGGUUUGUGCAGCAGUAACCCUAAAGAAACCCUAUUAUAAAUUCUAUUUCAAUUUGUGCUUAUAAUUUGUUACUUCAGGCACUAAACACAUCCCAGCACACAGCAUACAAUUCUCAGGCCGCAGGGUUUUACAUUGCUGCCACACUGACAUUGUGCUGGAAACCAGUUACUCCUCUCUUAGAUGUUGAUCUGUUUGUCCUCCUGAAGCCACUUCUGUGAACCCCUACAGGGGAUCUUCCAUGUGCUAUGAGCUUUGAUUCCUCAUCAUCUCAGUAAUUCUGUGUCCUAUCCUUUACCAGGUAGCUAAAUCUUACUUUUGAAGAUUUGAAUGGCAUUUCACAUUGGUCAUUUACAGAGAGGACAAAGGACACUUUGCAGAAGAAAAUCUUUUAUACCCACAGUUUGAGAAAGAGUGCAAAAAUCUUGGAAGAUGCAUCCUGAAAUACAGAAAAUGAGGGAAGUUGCCCUUGUUUACCUUGACAGAAGUGGUGGUCUUCAGAAAUUUGUGCAUGAUUGCAAAAGAUAUAAUGAUUCAAAACAAAGUUAUGCUGUUUAUCGUUUCAUUAUUUCAAUAAAUCCUUCUGACAUUGCUGAAUUGGAUGCAACUCUUGGAAACUAUAUUCUUCAUAAUCCCCUACAAGCUGCACAGAUUUUUCAGUCAGUAUGCUUCAUAGCUAUUAAGACAUUAUCAUUAAUUGAACAAUUGGAGACAGAGGCCCAGAUCAGUGUAUUGCUGAAACCAACACAUUUGCCACCUUUACCAAGUUAUGUUCUGAGUCUUUCUGCAUAUCCCUUUAAUUGCACAUCUCAAAGAUUUUAUAUGUCUGAAGGGAUAGUGAUUGCAAUGGGAACUGUAACAAAAUACACACAAGGAGCAAGAUUUCUUUGUGCUGAGGAAACCUGUCCGUUCUCUGAAGGGUUUAGGUACAUCAGAGUGCAUUGUCCUGGAGCUACAGAGUCUGCCACAGUUAGGACUGAUUUUGUGUGUACCUUGUGUUCUUCACCACUGCAGGAAGACAUGAAAUUUAGAGUACUUGGUGAUAAACAAAUAGUUGAAAUGAUUGAUGCUAAAAUUCUGAAUGCUUUGAAAGGAUAUUCCAAUGAUAAAUCACAUUUUAGGAUUCAGGCAUUUACAGUUUUCUUGAGAGAUGAACUGGCCAAUAAAAUGACAAUAGGAAACCACUACAGGAUUAUAGGAAUUCCAGCUUGUGUACAAAAUGGCUUACAAGCUACAGCAUGUAUAGAAGUAAAUAGCAUACAGCUCUGUAAACCAAAUGGUCCUUCUUUUCUCAGUAACAAUUUUAAGUAUCUGCUCUCAUUGACUUCAAGUUCAUGCUGGAGGUUUACUGCUGUCCUGGCCAACAUCUUUGCUUCUCAAGUUGUUCCACCAGGCACUUACAAUACUCUUAAACUUGCAAUAUUGCUGAGUCUGGUACAGACAUGUGAAAAAGAAAAUGCAGAUUAUCUGGAUCUGUUGAUUGUGACAAGUGACACACUAGUAAUUGAUAGGCUUCUGAACUACAGUUUAUGCCUUCUGCCUCGUGGCAUACGACACCCACCUUCCAGUGAAAUUUUUCCUUCUGUGUCCAAAGAUAAACAUGGAACUGGAAGUGCCAGUAUUCAAGCCUGCAGCACUGUGCUGGCCAAGGGUGGUGUCUGUUACAUAGGAGACUUAUCUUCAUAUAAAAAGGAUAAACUUGAACUUCUACAGUCUGUACUAGAGAGCAGAACAACAACAGUAUUUAUUCCUGGGAAGAAGUAUGGAGAAGAAGCUGACCAACAAGUUACUAUUUCAGUUCAGACCAAUUUUUGGUCUUUUGUGGAUGUGGAUUCUUCAUCAAAGAAACAUAUACAAAAGGAUAACUUUUUAAUUGGACAAAUGGACACGAGUUUGAUUCCAGCUAACCUUGUAGAUGUUUUUGGGCUCUUGAUAUACAAUGAGUUUCCUUCUUGUCGACUAUCUUCUCCUCUUGUACACCAUAUCUUGAAAAAAGCCAUUAAUCCUGAAGCCAUGCUGUACAAAGUCUCACAGCAGUUCAGAACACAGGAUUAUGAGGAGUUUAUUUUGUUUGCUAAGACUCUUCAUGUUGAACUGAGUUCAGAAGCAGAAAACCUCAUUCAAGGUUACUAUCUUGCAAGUCGCAGGGUUAGAAGAGAUUCCGUUCAUGGAUCAACAUUAUCAGCAUCUGCACUAAAAGUUCUGAUUUCACUGUCUAAGGCUCAUACCAAGCUAAGUUUAAGACACACAGUACUUGAAGAAGAUGCUUUGAUUGCCAUCUUGUUACUUGAGUCAUCUCUUACCCUAAAACACGGCACAUCUGCAUUAUGUGUAGCACCAAAUUCUGUAUUUCCAUUUGACCUCAGUGAUGAAAACUCCCUGCAACAGAGAGAUAUUUACCUCAUGCAGUGUCACCAUGAACUCCUGAAGUUUAUUGCUGCAUAUGGUCCAGGAAUUCACAUCAACACUAAUGAAGAGUAAAAACUCCUCUCUGUGGAGUAAAGCCUGAAGCUUUGGCUUUUUGAGACUAUUUUAUUGAGUUAGAAAUACAAAAAUAUAAAAAACUUACUAGUUGUCUAAGACAGUUCAGUGCUGUUUUAUAAGGAAUAAAGCAUAUCCAACAGGAUUUGAAUUGCUAGUUUUUUGACAGUGUUCUUUGAAGGCAAGAGGGAUGCCUUCAUCCUGGGAGGCCAUGGCCCCAGAAUAUAGCCACAAUCACAAUCUCUCUUCCUGGCAACAAAUGUUCAUUCACUGAUAAAUGAGGACUAAGCAGGGUUUUUAGUAAGAUAACUAAAAUUUAAACCCCAAUUUCAGAAUCUAAUGUUGCCUUUCAACUACGUGAAUUCACUGCAGUUUUUCUUGUUGCUUAUUUUCAAGUGUAUCACCCAGAGGGUUAAGUAGUUUUAAGUACAUUAAAACUUUUCCUAGUUUAAGCCAACUUUCAUUACUCAUGCUGUAUAAAUUUUGAAAUGUAUAAAACCAUCACCAUACUGCUUCAUGUUUUGUGUCUUUUUUUACAUUACAGCAACAUAGUAUUAGACAAGGAUGCCAGUGUGCUCCUGCAAU